AUGGCAACAUCACAAACCAGCAAAGAGCAAUUCUCGGAUGGACUUGCAAAGAUCUUAGCAGAGAAAUGGCUAGUUGACGUAUAGCUCAAGGCAGUGGAUAGUGAGGGUUCAUUUAUCUCUGCCCACAAAGUUAUUCUGGCAUCAAGAUCAAAGGUUCUUAAGAAGAUGUUAAAAUCAGAUGAGUUCAAGACUUCUGGUAAGAAUAUAGAAACAAUCACUCUCCCAGAGAUGAAACAAAAAGAGCUAUUUGUUAAGUUCAUAUAUAGUGAUGGUUCCAUGCUUUCUUCCAAAAUGAAGCAACACGUUCGAGCUCUCUAUCUUGCAGCUGACAAAUACAAGAUUCUACAACUACGAGAGCUAUGCAGAUCCGAGCUUAUAUCUUCUCUAGCUAUGGAGAAUGCUCUUGACUUCCUUGAGCUUGCUCAAACCCCUUUUGACAAAGCCCUCAACGAUGCAGCCUUGAGUUAUAUUAAAGCUAAUGAACUUAGGAUACCUAGCUUUGAUAAGUUCAAGUUGUUCGCUGAUAGCUUCCCUGAUCUUACUGUGGAGAUGUUAGAGGCUUCUCUUGUUGGUAGAAGCUGUUAUAAUUGUGGCUACAUUAACGAUCAUAAUCGUAAUGGUAAAAGCUGUUCCAAUUGUGGUUUUGACCGUCCUUGUUGCAGCUAGAUGAAUUCAAAAUGUUGUUUUUGUUGUAUCACUUCAUGUUUCCAAAACUUAACAAAUCUUAUAAUAAAAUCACGAUUUGGUA